AUGAUGGCGAAAACAAAUCUAACGGAAAGUGGAACACAUACGCAAACAUUUCACGAGUCGUUAUGUUCCCCGAUUUGGUUAGGUGAUUUUAAACAACAGUCCCUUUCAUUCUCAGCAGUCAACAUUUUCUUCUCCAUCACGGCAAUUCUUGGGAAUUCCCUUAUCCUUAUUGCCCUUCACAAAGAAUCUUCCCUCCAUCCGCCAUCCAAACUCUUGUAUCGUUGUCUGGCAACAACUGAUCUGUUGGUUGGUCUUGUCAACCAGCCUCUCUAUGUUGCCUACUGGAUGUCCGUGGUUUACGAACACUGGAGUUUUUGUCGAUACGCAAGGGAUGCAACCGUCAUAUCAAGCUAUGUAUUAUGCGGAGUGUCUUUGAUGACGAUGACGGCCAUAAGCGUGGACCGACUUCUCGCCAUGUUGUUGGGACUGAGAUACAAAGAGAUUGUAACUUUGAGGCGCACGUAUAUCAUUUUAGCUAUCGUUUGGGUUGGAUGUCUAGUCGCUGGUUUAUUCUCUUAUCUCAAUUACCGUAUAGGUCUUUGGUACCGCAUCAUAACCAUACCAUCUGGUCUGGUAAUCUCAGUCGCCUCGUACACAAAGAUUUUUCGCGCUCUUAGUCAUCAUCAGGCUCAAAUACAAGAUCAUGUUCAACAACAGCCGAACCAACCAAAUGCACUGAACAUGGCGCGAUACAUAAAGGCAGUGUACAAUGCGAUUUGGGUGCAAUUAGCUUUAGUUGUCUGUUAUGUUCCACAGUUUAUAGUGAGAAUUGUGAUCUUUCUUAGUGCAAAGAGAUUUUCGAAUUUAUUCUUAAUUUACGGAAUGGGAAUUUUCAUACUUUUCUUUAACUCUACUUUAAACCCGUUCCUUUACUGCUGGAAGAUAAGUGAAGUGAGACGAGCAGUGAAGCAGACAAUCAGGCAAGCUCUCUGCUUUGCAGAGGGGUAGACCUAUUUUAACGUUGUCAUCUACUGCUUCUUCUAUAACUUAUAUGGAGAUUCUGCUUAGAGUUUAACCCGAUUAUCGGAUUUCAUCGUAAUCAAGUUUAAAAGCAUUCCUAUUACCAAUUUUGAAUAUUCAAGGGAAAUACGUGACUCUAUCACAGGCCGUGUACACAAAGCUGCUCUUAUGAGAAAACAUUCUAUCAUUUUAUGACAAUCGAGUACGAAGCGCGCUCUUGAGUACCUAUCACUACUCUUAAUUAAAAGGGUUGGUAUGACAGCUCACCACUUCAAGUAUUAUAUCCGCGUUUAAAUUUCAUCUGAUGGUCAAAAAGAUGAUUGAUGUCAUUAAAAUUCUGAAAAAAGAGAAUAAGUAUAAUGAAAGAAUUAAAUCUUUGGUUUAAGAACUACUACGCUCCAACCCCUUUUAUGUGGUUUUCCUUAACAUCUCUCUUUCAUUCUCGGAACUGUUACGAAUAUCACGGAAUGAAUUUAAGGUUGUAUGCAAAUUUUUGAUGAGUAAAUAAUAUGAAAAAGCUGACGUUGCCAUAAAAGUCACAAAUGAAGGUAUAUUUCAUAGAUGAAAUGAGAAUCAUAUGAAUUUGGUCAGUCAUGUUUAAAAGUUCAAAAUUAUUUACCAGGAUCGACUGAUUUCCCACCUCGAUUUUUAGAUAUCGUAGAAUCUUGUUCUAAAAUACUCCAGAAAAUUUUGAAAUGCUCCUUUAUUUACUUUGUCUUGCUGAGUUAUGAGCUAAGCCAGGCAAGCUAAGCUGAAACUAAUCUUUAAACAGAAUAUGAUAAAAUGAUAUAGAAUGUUACAAGCUGUUAAGCAUAUCUUUAUAAGCAGAGCUCAUGGUUAGCUGCCAUUGUUGUUACGAGCCUUUUAAAGGCUUUAAUUUUGUAAAACGGAGCGAAAUGGUGCAUGGCACGAUAGUAGCGGUGGAGAGAAAAAAGAGGGAGGCUUGGGUCGUGUCGUGUCGGGUCGGGUCGUGUCGGGUCGGGUCGGGUCGGGUCGGGUCGGGUCGGGUCGGGUCGGGUGAACCUUGUUUUUUUUUACCGACUGGACCCUAACCUCCAUUUUUUUUUCACACCGCCGUGACUAUCGCGCCGUUUAUUGGGCACUUCGUUUUGCCAGCUUCGAACAGGCUAUGUUGUCACUCGAUAAGCUGUCAAAAAAUGCUCUGAUACAGAAUACAACUGACUUCUACAGAUAUUUUCUUCGAGUCGGUAAUGGAAACUCUUAUUAUAAAAGAGGAAUCGAGACACAAUGAAUGCAAUCACCUGUUGUAUACAUGACAACUUUAAACGUUAUUAUGGUAAUUUUUCAAAAAACUCAAACAAAACCCGGGUUAAAUAACAUGGUCUUGGUGACUUUAGACUCACCCAAAGGAAGUCUUCAAACUGCUUCCUGACCAAGUAGAAUCUGCACUGCAACCUUUUUGUUUUUCAAUUUGCCGUACGUAUGUGAUCAUAAUUCUGACAAGUCCUGAUAUAACAGCAGUGCCUAAGCACUUCGUCAUCUGUAAAUAGCUAUCACUAAAGGUUUUUCUUGGUCAAACACUGUUUUUUUUUUCACCAUUUCUUUUGAAAAAAUGGUUACAGAGAGUAUAACUUCGUCCCUGUUAUACGAUGCCAUAUCCAAAGUAUCGCUUACCAAUUCGAUUAACAGGUAACAAGACAAACAGCAUUGUUCAGAAUCAAACUUCCGCCAUAGAACCAGAGAUAAUUGGCACACAAAAUGUCUCCGGUGAGAAGAAUGUUUGAAACUCUUGUUUGUAGUUAAGGAUAACUUGUACAGGUGUGCAUUUUUAAUGGCGGUUAAAAAAACUGUUCACCGCUGCAUCUAUUUUGAAACCUUUUAGGACAAAAAGGUAGAGUUCAAGGCAGUUUGAUCGGUAGAGAUAUUUUCAUGAUCUCAAAGUUCCAGUCAGAUGCGACACGUAGAGAGGAAAGAACAAAAAUACAAAUAUAUUUAGGAGUAACUAUGCAUCUGUAACAAUACAUUAAUUUUGAAUAGUUUUAUGCAAUCUAGAUUUCUAUUUUUGCCAUACCAAUUAUCCUUUUAAAAAAUUGGCAUUAUAGAUGUAGAAAAUAGAAUAAUUGAGGUAGUAAAUUUUGGGCACGUUACUGAACUAGGGAAAAGAUGCUUUUUAAUCUUGUUACGUGCGUAGGACAAAGAAGAAACCUUGAGUCUCCCUACUGGAAAGUAUUAGGAAAAUUUAUUACCAUAACAAUCACGAUUGGACGCAAAAGCGGGUCAAUAAAACCAACGAAGCUUCGAUUAUGUUGUGUUGAAAACUUAUUGGGGACAAGCAAUUACAAGUAAAACUUAUGGAAAAGGUUCAAACUGUUUCGUACAGUUAACUCAACACUUUAAAUAAAUUAAAUUGAUCAUGUAUUUUUCUUUGCAAAUGAAUUGUUUGCCCAUGGAUAUUUGAAUCCCGGAGACAAAAAUGAAAUUCAACCUACUUUCCGGAAAUUUCCAAUAGGAAUGCUCGAUUUACUUCAUGUUACUAGAAUUAAAGGAGACAAAAUUAUGGAAAUGUUUUCUAAAUAGUAUAUCACCUGUGGAACUGAUGUGAUGAUAUGAAGGUUCCUGGUUUCAAUAGUACGGCCAUUAGUGUUUGUCUCUUGAAAAUCGUUCUCCUCUCUUACCUUGAUAUGGAAUUUGCGUAAUUAAAAUAAAAAUAUGCAUCACCGUGACAACUUGAAACACGUCUUUACAAACUUAAAAUGUUCGAUAUGCCAUGACCACUAUCCAUUAUGAAUCAGCACGUUACAAGUUUUGAUCAAAAUUUUACUUGAGCGGAGUCAGAAUAUCCUUAAUUAUCCGUCAGGAACGAAUUCAGACUAUGGUCAUUGUGUUUAACACAGUCUUUAAGUUAAUUUGAUAUCUGAAGGUGAAUAUUCUUGAAUUAUCUGAUGAGUAAGAAAAAUAUUAGCCCCGAUCACUUGUCAUGUGUAUUUAGAAAACAGUUCCUCGUCAAGCAACAAAAAAUUUAGGGUAAUUUAAUAUUAUAAACUGAUUUUAAUUAACGGUUUUAACACAUAUUUUAGAACAUUUUAUCACGCCAUUAGUUCUCAUGCGUCCUACUGGCUAGUUUUACACUAUGCUAAUUUACAGUGGCACCUCCAACGUUUAAAACCAUAGCGCAAAUAUUUUAUCGUCCUCCCUGAUGAUGCCGUAGAACGGCGAAAGCUCGGAGUAAAUGAAGAAAGAAAGAACCACAGUAGCACUUAAAGGCUUCAUUUGAUCAAUAUCCCACAUCAUUACGACAUGCUACUAAAGGACACGUUCAAACUUUUAAUUAUAAACUGAGUUGAUAACGUAUAUUAGCCACCGUAAAGAGUUUAGCAACUGACAUUUCGAACGUUAGCCCUUCGCCAGAGCAAUUGGAGGAACUGUGGGUUGUGUGUGGGUUUAUAUACAAAAAAAGGAGCUACGCUAUCGGUGGGAAUAUGGUGACGCGAAAUCAAUAAUAAAUUAGUUAAGUGAAAAGCGCUCGUUGAUACCGUUGGAUUAAGAGUGCCGAUUUAAAAGGUCGAUUUUUGUUCUACAGUUUUGCUGCCUUCCGAACUGCUAGAUGUAGGGAAAGGCCGCUAACUGCCAUAUGCUGCUUAGAAUGAUUAGGGUCAUUUCUUUCUACGUCGCUAAGGUGUUCUCGGAAUCGGUCAGCUAGUCGCCUUCCUUCCAAGAAACAAGAAGUUUAUCUCAGUAUUAAUUAGACAUUUGAAAUGAUGGGACCUCAAGCUUCUUGACCUUUAAUUUUCUUAUGACCAUAAGAUAUAACUCGGCUAAAUUUUCGGUUAUAAAAGAAGUGGGUAAAUAGUAAAUGAAAAAGUUAAGAUAGAGACGGGCUAACGACGUAUCAUCUUAAACUUGUCACCGUUUCGUUCCUAAGUCCAGAUAGGUGCGACAUGUAGAGAAAAAAAAAUUCAAAUAUUUUCGGAAUAGAUUUGUAUCUGUAAACUACAUUAAUUUUGAUAUUAACAUUUUUCUCUCAGUUUUCCUGAGCUGAAAACUAUUCGUGGCGUUCCAAGAUCACGUGAAUUAAUAAUUCGGGUAUGAAAACAAAUCCGAUCCAAACAACACGUCAGCAGAUUCGUUGGUCAAGGCGUCCACCGACAAUUUGUCAACUGCCGACCGACCGACCGACCGACUGUCGGUCAAGUCUUGAUAUCCUAUCACUGAAGCUUUAUUUGAGUAGAGAAUUCUUUUUUCCUUUGUUUUUGUUUUUUUUUUCUGUGUUGGGAAAUUAACCUAUCAAAAAUACAUGUUUACUUUCCCCUAAUUACUAAUUUAAAUUCGCGCAGAGAAAACGGCCUUUUUUCCUCUUUCGUGUGACAAACCUCACAGCUUUCGGACAUUUUACAGAGUCAGACGCUACUGAUGAAUUUUUAAUCUCUGUAAAUGCUAGUAAAAAGAAUAAGGUUUAACUGAUCUUGACUUGGAGGGCGUUGUUAAGACGAAAUAUACCUCAUUUUUACUAAGGAUAACCUGCAAAAAAGUGGAAGAUAACAAUGAUGGCAGCUUCAAAUAUAACGGGAAGUGGAACGCAGACGAAAACAUUUGGAGAAUGGCAAUGCUCCCCGGUUUGGGUAGGCGAGUUAAAACAACAGUCCAUUUUAUUCUCAGCAGUCAACAUUCUCCUCUCCAUCACAGCAACUCUUGGGAAUUUUCUUAUCCUUGUUGCCCUUCACAAGGAAUCUCGCCUCCAUCCGCCAUCCAAACUCUUGUAUCGUUGUCUGGCAGCAACUGAUCUGUUUGUUGGUCUUGCUACUCAACCUCUUUAUGCCACCUAUUGGAUGUCCGUGGUUCACGAACAUUGGAGUCUUUGUCGAUACUCAUUUGACGCAAGUAGCGUAACAGGCUAUGCAUUAUGUUCAGUGUCUUUGUCGACAACGACGGUCAUAAGCAUGGACCGACUUCUCGCCCUGUUGUUGGGACUGAGAUACAAAGAGAUUGUAACUUUGAGGUGCACUUUCAUCAUUUUAGUUAUCGUUUGGGUUGUAUGUCUAGUAACUAGUUUAUUCCGUCAUCUCAGCUACCGUGUAGCCCUUUGGUGCAGCCCUAUAGGUAUAUUAUGUUGCUUAGUUAUCUCAAUCGCCUCGUACACAAAGAUUUUCCGCGCUCUCAGUCAUCAUCAGGUUCAAGUACAAGAUCACGCACAACAACAGCCUAGCCUACAAAAUGCACUGAAUAUAGCGCGAUACAGAAAGGCAGUGCAUUGUGCACUGUGGGUGCAUUUAGCUUUAGUUUUCUGUUAUGUACCAUUUUUUAUAGUGGAGACAGGGAUCACUUUAAGUAAAGAGCGAUUUCCGAAUUCCGUCAUAAUCAAUGGAAUGGUAAAUGUCAUAGUGUUCUUUAACUCUACUUUAAACCCGUUCCUUUUCUGCUGGAAGAUGAAUGCAAUGAGUCGAGCUGUAAAGCAGACAAUCAGACAAACAAUCUGCUAUGCAGAGGGGUAGACCUGUUUUAACGUUGGAUUGUACUGUUUCUACUUGAGCUUAUUUGAAAAAUUUAAUCAUUAGAAGAGAGGGGAAGAUAUGCCAUUUCAUGAUAAAAAAGGGUAAGGAAAAAUAUGAAGAGCUACUUUUAAGUUGUAUAUUAUAUUCGAGUACUAAUUAUCAAGCGAAUAACUAACAGGUGAAAAAUUGUAGUUUAGUAGCUAUAACAAAUCAAUCAUAUUUCGCCAAUUUCCGCAUUUGUAAUGAAGUAGUAAAGGCUAUUAUUUUGCAAUCAGAAUGCGCUCAGGGUUUUUCUUUGGGAUCAAAACUUGGUAGACCUGUUUUAACGUUGACAUGUACUGUUUCUUUCAUAUAGCUAAUUUGAAAAAUUAUAUUUGUUAGAAGAGAGGGGGAUAUAUGCCAAUUCAUGAUAAAAGGAGUAAGGAAAAUAUGAAGAGUUACUUCUAAAUAUUAUAUUGUAUUCGAACUAUCUAACGAAGAAUUAACGAGUGAAAAAUUAUAGUUUAGUAGCCAUAAAAAAAGCAAUAACGUCUCCAAUUUGCGCAUUUGCAAUGAAAUAGCGCAGCCUAUUAUUUUUGAGUCAGAAUGCGCUCAGGAUUUUUUCUCUGCGAUGUAAACUUAAUGACAUAUGUCACCUUAGCUCAGAAAUAUGGUUUAGUGAUGAAGAGCUGCUAAAGGAGCCAGCCGCUCGAUUUUGUCAUGAUUAGGAAUUAGCCAUAAUGUUUAUAACGAAACCUUGUAAAUUAAAGAUGUUGACUUUGCCAACAAUUGUUCAAAUACACAGAAGGAACUGUUUAGAGAAGAAGUUGGUCAUCUCUAUUUUUAAUAAACAGUUACCAUUUGAGAUCAAUCGUUUACCUAAGAUUAAGCUCGAAAAUUAUAACAGGAGAAAAUUAUAAUAGCAAAUGAUUAAUAUAAACCUUAACUUGGUUGAUAGGACUAGCAAGCGGUUUCUCAGUACGUUACCAGCAUCAAUUAAAACUGUUUAUCAAGUGCAAAAUUGAACUCCUCAGAAGGUUGUCCAUAGAUAAAGCAUAUAAUUUAAAAAUCAUUUUUAUCACCAAAUUCGAAUAUUCAAGAACAUUUCGUGACUCUAUGACAGACUGUGUACACACAGCUGGUGUUGUGAAAAAACAUUCCCUUAUUUUAAUGACAAUCGAGUAAAGGUGCUAACACCGCCUCUUACUCCUACUGUUAAUUAAAAAGGUUUGUAUAGCAGCUUACCACUGCAAGGAUAAUAUCCGCGCUGGAAUUUCAAUUGAUGGUCAAAAAAUGAUUUGUCAUUAAAAUUCUGUGGAGGGCAUAAAAAAUUGGUUCAAAAACUACUACGCCCUAACCUCUUUUAUGUGGUUCCCUUUAACGUUUCCCUUUUGUUCUCGGACAGCUACGAAUAUCACGGAAUGAAUAACUGGUUGCAUGCGAACUUUUGAAUUUUUGAAGAAGUUGCCAUAAAUGCAUGAAGAUAUAUCUCAUCGAUAAAACGAGAAUCGAAAAAAAUUUGAUCAGCGAUGUUUAAAAGUUCAAAAUUAUUUAACGAUCGCCUGAUUUCCGACUGCAAUUUCUAGAUAUCGUAGACUUGUGUUCUAAAUACUCCAGAAAAUUAUAAAAGUUUUCCUUUAUCUACUUUGUCUUGCUGAGUCAUGAGCUAAGCCAGGCAAGCCAAUUAUGUGAAACUGAUCUCAAAAUGGAAUAUGAUGAAAUGAUGUAGAAUGUCCCACGCUGUUCACCAUAUCUCUAUGAGCAAACGUAAUAUUUAGUUGCUGUUGUUAUCACCAGCCUUUUCCAGGCGUUCAUUCAGUAAAACGGAACGAAAUAGUACUGGGCACGGAAGCAGCGGUUGAGUGGAAAAACGGGGGAGGCUUGUGUCGAGUCGGGUCGGGUCAGGUGAACGCCGGUCUUUAACCGACUCGACCCAAGCCUCACUCUUUUUUCGCUUCGCCUCGAACAGGCUCGAUAAGCUGUCAACAAAAGCUGUGAUGCAAACUAUGAGUGACUACUACAGAUAUUUUCUCCGAGUCAGUAGUGGAACCACUUUUUACAAAAGAGGAAUCGAUACAAAAGACAAAAUUAAAGCAUCACCUGUCGUAUACAGAACAACUUUAAUUAUUGCUACGGUAAUAUUUUGCAAUCAGAUAAUGACUCAAAAAAGAAUUUAACUUACCUUACUUAAUGGUUUACAAAAGAAACCACUGUAAAAAAUGUUUCUGCAGCUUUAUGAAAUGAUUGAAUAUUUUUAUUGGGUAGCAAAACCGUAUUGUAGAAAAAGUGCUAGUAUAGUUUUCAAAAAACAACGGAAUUGGUGACUAUGGAUUCUUUCAAAGGAAGUCUUUAAACUGCUUGCUGACCGAUUGACAUCUGCAUGCACUGCAAACUUUUUGUCUUUCAGUCUGCCGUAAGUACGUGAUCAUAAUUCUCUCAAGUCGCGAGAUCACAGCAUUUGCACAAGCACUUUGUCAUUUCUCAAUAACUUUCAGUGACGGUUUUCGUUUCUCAAACAAUGAUGUUCUCACCAUUUCUUUUAAAACAAUGCUCACAUAGCCGGUAUAAAUCUGUCCCUGUUAUACGAUGCCAUAUCCAAAAUGUCGUGUAUCAAUUUGAUAAACAGGUUACUGAGACAAACAGCAUUGUUCAGAAGCAACAAGCAGAAAACGGUUUUAAAACAAACUUGAGAUCGUUCGCGCAUUUCAAGUAAGGUAAACGAUACAGUUUAAACGCUAAAGUACAUAUGCAUUAUUAAAUGGUAACAUUUACGGCAAAGUGGACGUGAAGACUUUGUGAAGGCGAAAUACCUCUGUUAUAUGCUAAAAAAGUAGAUACUGAUGAUGCCGACUAUAAAUUUAACAGCAUCUGAAAGGAGAGAAGAAGGUUGUCAAUGGAGAGAUAUCAGCCAAGCAGCUUCUUUCAUCCUCUGCAGAAAGCUCACUUAAAAAUUUACAACUCGAUCGUUUAUCGUGUUAGAUAAACAGUAAUUCUAUCUAUAUGUUGAAUGAACACACAACUUUUUUUUUUUUUUUUUUUUUUAUAAUGCAAGACUUUGACAAAGUAAAUAUACCAUGAUUUUUUUUCUAUAUUUUAUUUCCUUAUGAAAUACAAAUAGCCUGAAAUAUUUAAAGAUUAAAAGUGAGACUCAAUUUUUGACACAAAAUGUCUCUUACAGGUGUUGUUGCAGAGAGCGGUUUACUUACAAUGCAAUACAAUAAUUUUGAAUGUGUUUAAUGCAAUAUAUCGUUUAGUGUCAUGGUCCUUCAAGGGCUAAAUCUGUUUGAAAUUGACAUUUUUGAAGACAGAAAAGUGACAGAAAGGAGAGCUGAGCCUCUAUUUGUUGACCUUAGAUUUCAGUCAAGUUACAUGCUUCGCAUGCUGGUGAUCGAUUGGCACAAUCGUUCACGUCAAGUACUGUGCUAUUAUUCAAAAUCAGUCUAUUUACUGUAUGGAAAUAACAGAGCUAGAGUGUAUUAAAAGAAAGAGUUGGUCAUAAUGUAAAACACUCUGACUUUUAAUCUUUAAGGGGGGGUCUAGCCAAAAUUGACUGCCAAUGAGGAGGGAUCAUUAGAAUACCAUGGAGGAUCAGGUAAUAUUUAUACUGACAUAACCAAAAUACUCCGAUCCAUCCUGUCCCCCCCCCUUUUUUUAACUCCCCGGGCUACAAAUACCAACCUGUCCAGAAUAAUUGAAUUCAGGUGUUGAAAGAUACUGCAAGUAGAAAGUGGAGCGACUCAGAAUAAGAAAUGUAUGCUCUGAUAAGAGAUGUUACACUUACAGCAUUUCCAGCCUUAGAUUACUGAUGAAAAUAUCAGAAGGCAACUCCGCCAGCUGGUUGUCUCUUAGAUACCUAGUAACAUAAACUUAUGUAAUCGAAUGAUGUUAAUGAAUGGAUGUAAUAUUUUUCUGGACGUAUUACUUGAUAGCUAAUCCUUUACGUCAUGAGUUAUAAUUAUUCCAACAUGCACCUAUCAUUUCAAAGCCUCAAAAUUCCGCCCUCAGGAAACCCACGGGCAUUAGACCGUCGUCCGUGCCCGUGGGGUGGGGAAUUUAAACCUUGCCUGGCUGGGAUGGAAAAUUUGAACCUUAGUCGGAAGCGGUGUCAAGUCUUUCCAGCGGAAAACAAGAGUUUUAUAUUUCAAUAUGGUGAUAUUUAAAGGCAAAGAGCUCACUUUGGCGAGCGAAAGGCUCAGAAGAAAAGGUCUUCAAGGUCUUAGUUUGAAAACCCGGUCAAUGCGGGUGGGGAAGGGGGUGGGGGGGGGGGGAUUUUGAAGCUUCCAAUAGAUCGACACAUCAGUAACGUAACACGCAUUUGAACCGUACUUGUUUAUAAACUCCUACUUGUAAAAUUAAACUCAAAAUAAAGCGAUUUAGUAUAGAAAUCUACAACACAGUCGUGUGUAAGCCUUGGAAAACAGAGUGUCCAGUUUUUAUUGAUGGGGUUGCAAUAUCGGGAAAGGCGUUAUUUAAUUCACUAAAAGCUAGAAAAAUGUUUGUUUAGCUAGAAAUUCUUUACCUCGAUAAUAAUUGAAAGGGUUAUUGAUCAGUCAAUUGUUUUCAACUGUAAUUAGCAGACGACUUUAAUUAUGCGAUAUGUGAUUUUGAUUACCAAAGGUGAUUCGUUAAUCGCACAGUAGGAGAGCAACAAAAAGAAUCCAAUCACCCGGAGUACAUGUUGUGGUUCAAUUUUAUCCUUGGUUAAAAAUUCUAUUUUCCUUUGUUUCAAACUCAUUAUCCUACAUUACAAUACCCAAAAACAAAAGAACAUAAAAUUUGAACCAAGGAUAAAAUAGAACCACAACAAAUACAUAACAGCUUGGUUGAAUCAAGAACAAGAAAUAAGAAGCUUACCUCACUAGUAGUUUAGAUACUUUAAAAAAAUGGGACUUCAAGCCUCUUGACCUUUAAUUUUCUCUUGACCAUAAGAAAUAAUCCGGCCGAAUUUGCAGCUAUAAAAGAAGUGGAUAAAUAGCGAAUGAAAUAGUGAGAUAGAGAUGGGCUAACAACGUAAUAUCUUACACCUGUCGCCUUUUCGUUCCUAACUCAACACAGGUGCGACACGUAGCGAACAAAAAUUCAUAUAUUUUAGAAUAGCUGUGCAUUUAGAACCUACAUAAAUUGUGAAAUUGGAAUUUUUCUCUCAGUUUGCCUUAGCUGAUAACAAUUCAAGGCAUCCCAUGAUUCACCUAAAUUAAUAAUCUACGUUAUUAUCCGGGUAAGGCAACGAGUCCGAUCCAAACGACACGUCGGCCGAUGAAUUGGUCAAAGCGUCGGCCGACAAUCUGUUGCCUGUCGGUCAACUGUCGGUAUCCUAUCACUGAAGGUUUAUUUAAGUGAGGAGUUUUUUCUGUUGUAUUGUGAAAUUAACCUAUCACAACUAUCACAAAUACCGUUUUGCAUCCCGCCCCCCUCCCCCCCCCAUUGCUAAUUCAAAUUCGCACACAAAAAUUUGUCUUUUUUCUCUUUUGUGUGACAAAGCUCACAGCUUCAGGCAUUUUAUAAAGUCAGACGCUAUUGAUGAAUAUUUACUUUAUGUUAUUGUUAUUGAAAAACUAAGGUUUAAAUCAUCUUGACUUAGAGGCUGCUGUUAAGACGAAAUAUACCUCGUUAUUGACAACUUAAGGAUAACCUGCAAAAGAGCGGAAAUACCAAUGAUGGCUAUAACAACAAAUAUAACAGGAAGUGCAACACAGACGAAAACAAUUGAAGGAUCGGAAUGCUCUCCGGUUUGGGUAGGUGAGUUUCAAAAACAGUCCAUUUCAUUCUCAGCAGUCAACAUUCUCCUCUCCAUCACAGCAACUCUUGGGAAUUCUCUUAUCCUUGUUGCCCUUCACAAGGAAUCUUCCCUCCAUCCGCCAUCCAAACUUUUGUAUCGUUGUCUGGCGACAACUGAUCUCUUGGUUGGUGCUGUUAGCCACCCUCUCUAUGCUACUUAUUGGAUUUCCGUGGUUAACGAACACUGGAGUCUUUGUCGAUACGCAUGGGUCACAAAUGGCGUAACAAGCUAUGCAUUAUGUUCACUGUCAAUGUCGACACUGACGGCCAUAAGCGUGGACCGACUUCUCGCCCUGUUGUUGGGGCUGAGAUACAGGGAGAUUGUAACUUUGAGGCGCACAUAUAUCAUUUUAGCUAUCGUUUGUGUUGUAUGUGUAGUCACUGGUUUAUUCUUUCAUUUCAAUUACCGUAUAACCUUUUGGUUCAGUCGUAUAGGGCUACCAUCAUGCCUAGUUAUCUCAAUCGCCUCGUAUACAAAGAUUUUUUGCGCUCUCAGUCAUCAUCAGGCUCAAGUACAAGAUUAUGCUCAACAACAGCCGAGCCAACCAAAUGCACUGAACAUGGUGCGAUACAGAAAGGCACUGCAGAGUGCACUUUGGGUGCAGUUAGCUUUGGUUGUCUGUUAUGUACCACUAUUAACAGUGGAAAUUUUUAUCUCUCUUCGCAAAGAGCGAUCUCCGAAUCUCAUCAUAUUUAGGGGAAUAGCAGUUGUUAUAUUUUACUUUAACUCCACUUUAAACCCGUUCCUUUACUGCUGGAAGAUAAGUGAAGUGAGACGAGCAGUAAAGCAGACAAUCAGAAAAGCAAUCUGCUAUGCAGAGGGGUAGACCUGUUUUAACGUUGGAUUGUAUUGUUUCUACUUGAGCUUAUUUGAAAAAUUUAAUCAUUAGAAGAGAGGGGAAGAUAUGUCAUUUCAUGAUAAAAAAGGGUAAGGAAAAAUAUGAAGAACUACUUCUAAGUUGUAUAUUAUAUUCGAAUAUUAAUUAUCAAGCGAAUAACUAACAAGCGAAAAAUUGUAGUUUAGUAGCCAUAACAAAACAAUAAUACGUCGCCAAUUUCCGCAUUUGUAAUGAAGCAGUAAAGGCUAUUAUUUUGCAAUCAGAAUGCGCUCAGAAUUUUUCUUUGGGAUCAAAACUUGAUGAGAUAUGCCACCUUAGCGAGGAGGUAUGGUUUAGUGAUGACGAGCUACUGAAGGAGCCAGCUUUUUUGAUGAUUGGUAAUUAUCCAUAGUAUAUAUAAUGAGACUUUGCAAAGUAAAGAUGAGGAUUUUGUUAACAUCAGUUCAAAUACACAGAAGGAUAUGUUUAGAGAGAAGUUGAUCAUCUCUAUUUCAUAUAGAGUUAUCGUUUGAGACCAAUCAUUUGCGUAUGAUCAAUUUCGCAAAAUAUAACAGAAGUAAAAAAAAGUGCGGGAGAAAUAUGAACAGCUUCAGUAACUUCUAAAUAGUAUAUUGUAUUCGAAUUAUCUAACGAACAACUAACUGGUGAAAAGUUGUAGUUUAGUAGCCAUGUGAAAACAACAACAUCUCGCCAAUUUGCGCAUUUGUAAUGAGUAGUGAAGGUUAUCAGUUGGAAUCAGAAUGUGCUCAGAAAUUUUGCUUUGCGAUCAAAACUUGACGAAAUAUGUCACAUUAGCUCAAGAAUAUGGAUUCGUGAUGACGAGCUGCGAAAUUAGGCAGCCGUUCGAUUUUGUCGUGAUUGGGAAAUAACAAAAAAGGUGCGGACUUUAUUAACGUCUGUUCAAAUACACAGAAAGAUGUGUUUAGAAAAGAAUUUGAUCAUCUCUGUCUUUGAUAUAGAGUACUUGCUUGAGACAGGUCAAUUGCCUAAGAUUUAGCUCGAAAACUUUAACAGGAGAAAAUCAUAAGAAAUGAUUAAAAAAUUCUAACAUGGUUGAUAAGACUAGCUAACUGUUUCUUAGUACGUUACCAACAUCAAUUAAGACUGUUUAUUGAGUGCAAAAGCGUGGUCCUCAGAAGUUAUUUAUAAAUUUCUUUGGGCGAGUAAUUGAGAAGCACAUUUAUUACCAAAUUUGUUGUCGUAUUGUGAAAUAAUUCUACCACAAAUGUAUAUUUCCUUGCCGCCUAUUACUAAUUCAAAUUCGCAGAAAAACCCGGCCCUUUUUUUUCUUUGAGUUUCGUGUAACACACUGGACAGCUUGUUUUCUGCAUUUUGCAUAAUCAAACGCUACUGAUGAAGUCAGUCAUAAUGUAAUUAUUAUUUCAGCGCCAAAUGAUGUUAGCUACAAGAAUAAUACACAUAAACCAGGAAUUUCUAUAUGCUACUUUCCAAAGGAUGUAGCUGUAUGGCUAAAAUGGACGCGUUUCGAUCUUCGACUUCGAGGAGAUUUUACUCUUCAAUGUCGUUUUUUGGCAUUUACAUAGUCAAACGCUACUGAUGAAGUCUUUAUGUAAUUAUUAUUCACAAACUGAUGUUUGACUUAUCUUGACUAAUCUGCGAAAGAGGUUCUCAAUGGGGUGGUGGCUUCUACGGCUAACGGUAAAAAUUUUGGCCAAUUCACGGCGAACGCUAGGCAUCUUUCCAUUGUUUCCACCGGAAAUAUUUUAGGUUAAUUUUCUUAUGACUAACGGUUAAAUUUCGUCAAUUUUAACACCUAACGGCUACUUUUUUUGGCCGUUUUACGGCUAAUGGUUAACCCCAUUGAGACCCUCGCAAAAGGGUGAUAGCAACAAAAGGAUGUUGGCUGUUGCCUUUUGGAUACUGCUGGUGUCGCUGGUUUAUGCUACAUUUGUUUUAGGCCAUACUGAUUAGAUAUGUGGCACGGCCGUAUAAUUAUACGGCCUCUCUAUGUUACCUAUUGGAUGUCUGUGGUUCACGAACACUGGAGUCUUUGCCGAUACUUACUUAACGCAACCGGCGUAUCAGGCUGUGAGUUAUGUUCAGUGACAUCGUCGACGCUGACAGUCAUGAGCGUGGACCGACUUCUCGCCAUGUUGUUGGGACUGAGAUACAAAGAGACGUAA